AAAGUAAACAUUUUCUUCCCUCGUUUUUAUUCUGUCUCGCCACCUGAAACUGCUGUCACCCCAUUUCCCGCCGUUCCUGGAGAUGAAGACAUUUCCGCAGAGGGCACAGCUUGUGAUUCAUCACCCGAGGUUUAUGCCCCGUCAGCAAGCACUGCCGACUACAAUAGGGAUUCACCAGGUUAUCCAUCCUCAAAACCAGCAGCCAGCACUUUUCCUAGCUCCUUCUUCAUGCAAGAUGGCCAUCACAGCAGCGACCCGUGGAGCUCCUCCAGCGGGAUGAACCAGCCCAGCUAUGGGGGCAUGCUGGGCAACUCUUCUCACAUCCCCCAGUCCAGCAGCUACUGCAGCCUGCACCCACAUGACCGCUUGAGCUACCCAUCACACUCUUCAGCAGACAUCAAUUCCAGUCUUCCUCCAAUGUCCACCUUCCACCGCAGUGGCACAAAUCAUUACAGCGCGUCUUCUUGCACCCCCCCUGCCAACGGGACGGACAGUAUCAUGGCAAACAGAGGAAGUGGGGCAGCAGGCAGCUCGCAGACUGGUGAUGCGCUGGGGAAAGCACUUGCCUCUAUCUAUUCUCCAGAUCACACCAACAACAGCUUUUCAUCAAAUCCUUCAACUCCUGUUGGUUCUCCCCCUUCUCUCUCAGGCACAGCUGUUUGGUCUAGAAAUGGAGGUCAAGCGUCAUCAUCUCCCAAUUAUGAAGGUCCCUUACACUCUUUGCAAAGCCGGAUCGAGGACCGCCUGGAGAGACUGGAUGAUGCCAUCCACGUGCUGCGCAACCACGCGGUGGGGCCCGCCACCGCCAUGCCAGGGGGCCAUGCCGACAUGCACAGCUUGAUAGGGCCGUCGCACAAUGGAGCCAUGGCCGGUCUGGGCUCCAGCUAUGGCACCGGGCUGCUCUCCGCCAACCGGCACUCACUCAUGGUCGGAGCGCACCGCGAGGACGGGGUCAGCCUCCGCGGGAGCCACUCGCUCGUGCCAAACCAGGUCCCCGUCCCCCAGCUGCCCGUCCAGUCCGCCAUGUCCCCAGAUCUGAACCCACCCCAGGACCCGUACAGGGGCAUGCCAACCGGACUGCAAGGGCAGAGCGUCUCUUCAGGGAGCUCCGAAAUCAAAUCUGACGAUGAGGGAGACGAGAACCUCCAGGACACAAAGUCUUCUGAGGACAAGAAACUAGAGGAUGACAAGAAGGAUAUCAAAUCAAUUACUAGGUCAAGAUCUAGCAAUAACGAUGACGAAGACCUGACACCAGAGCAGAAGGCCGAGAGGGAAAAGGAAAGGAGAAUGGCCAACAACGCUCGGGAGCGCCUGCGCGUCCGUGACAUCAACGAGGCUUUCAAGGAGUUGGGCCGGAUGGUACAGCUCCACCUGAAGAGCGACAAACCCCAGACCAAGCUCCUGAUUUUACACCAGGCUGUGGCCGUCAUCCUCAGCUUAGAGCAGCAAGUCAGAGAAAGAAAUCUGAAUCCUAAAGCAGCAUGUCUGAAAAGAAGGGAAGAAGAGAAAGUAUCUUCAGAUCCUCCUCCACUGUCGCUGGCAGGACCCCACCCCGGGAUGGGAGAUGCCUCCAACCACAUGGGACAGAUGUAAAAAAGGUCCAAGUUGCCACAUUUCUUCAUUUAAGCAAGAGACCACUUCCUUAACAGCUGUAUUAUCUUAAACCCACAUAAACACUUCUCCUUAACCCCUUUUUUGUAAUAUAAGACAAGUCUGAGUAGUUAAGAAUCACAGACGCAAGAGAUUUCAGCAUUCCCGAUUAUUAAAACCGAGGAAAAAAAAAACCACAAACAAAAAGUGCAACUUGAGGGAUGACUCUCUUUAACAUAUCAUGCAGAAUAUCUAACGCAGUAUGUUAUGAGCUGUAAGUGCACAGCCUAGAGACUGAAUGGCAAUCUUUUCCACACUGUGGGACAAUGCAUUUGUGCCUAAACUUCUUUUGGGGAAAAAAAAAUAAUUUGUAAGUCUGAAAAAAUAUUUAAUUUAAAAUUGUAAACUUGCAAUAAUGAAAAAGUGUACUUCUGAAGAAAAAAAAAUGAGCGUUUUUGUUGGUGUGCUAGACAGCUAGUGUUUAUACUUACUGGAUAUUAAAAGGGAAGCUUUGCUGCCCAGAUAUUUACAAAACCAGCAAACGUCCUAAUGAGAACUGAAGCGAUGACAUUAGCCAUUCCUUAGGGUAGGAGAAACAGAUGGAUCUUAUAGACCUAUGACAAAUAUAUAAAUAUAAAUAUAUAUAUAAAUAUAUAUUAAAAAUUUAGUGAAUAUGGUAAGCUUUUGUUCAUUUGUUUCAGACUUUUUUGCUCCUGUAAAAAAAAUAGUACUGAUUAACUUUUUUAAAAAGAUUUUACUGUAAAUAAGGAUUUUUUUGUCUUAUUUCUGUCCCUCUCCCCUGUUUUUGUUAUUGUAACCUGUAGUGCCAACUCUGUCUCUGGAGGGGUAGUGCAGGACGAAAUGCUGACCGUAUCGUUGCUUCUCAUUCAUAACUAAAGUAGAGAGUUGUUUCUUCUGUCUUUGGGGAAGACAGGACUUGGGGGAGGGCCGGCGGUGUGACAGCCCCCCAGGCACGGGAGCCAGCCCCGGCGCCCACAGCUCCGCUCAACUCUUUUCUGGGAUUUUCAGAGGUACAAGGUUAGAAUGCUACAAUGUUACCACUGUGCCUUCCAAUGUUUAUAUCAUCGGAAACAUAACAUAAUCAAAGUGGCUGUGAUUAACAAACCGAUUAAAGUGUUACCUAUGUGUGUAGCCUAAAUAGUAUGCAGUGAGGCGUUGCUGAAUACAUGGUCAGAUGGGGGGGGGGGGCACGACACACCAUCACGGGGGAGAAUUGCAAGUAGUGUGACAGAUUUGAUCGACUUCUUUUUCUGUUGUUCUUCUCUCGUUUUUAAGUGGAUUAUUUAAGUGUAGACCACUUGCUGCCUCCUCCUUUCUUUGUGAGAUGCCAAUUCCAGUCAUCAUGCAGCAUUAUAACAAGCCUUAUGAGUCCUAAAGCAUUAAGUUGCACUUUCUCAAGGAGGCGUGGUAGUACAGUAUUUCUCUGGCCAGUACGAAUGAAGUUUUUACUUAACAUUUUUAAUAGUAACAUAGCUCAAACUAUGGCACAGCAGCUCAUCAGAUAACUUGCUUUGAAGUCUGGGCACAAUUGAACCAACUUCCAUAGUGAAUCUUAAUAACGAUUGACUUUGGUGUACAGUAUGAUUAACAGAUAGUGCUCCUAGUUAAGUAUUUGUCAGCAUCCUUUUGUCUCUAGUUCCAGUUUCUAUUUUUACAGCCACACCAACCUGGCAUGUAUUUUAAAUAAAAUCUCCCUGUUUGAGUAGAUUUUCCACCUAUCAACACUGAAUAAAUGCCAUAAAUCCAUCAAACGGUCUAAAUGUUCCAUCUGUUCUCCUGUUUUGCCAGUUAUAUAGUAAUGAAAAAUACAUUUGUAAAUUUUAUGCAACAAAUGGCAAACGUAUCAUUAUUUUGAAAUUAUGUAUGUAAAAGUUAUAUUUUUACAUGUAGACUCUUGUUAUUAUGUGUUUUAAUACAUUGUAUCAGUUUUUUUGUUUAUAAAAAUCUGUGUGGUUGAAAAAAGUCUCAUUUAAAUGAAAUAGUGAGAUACAAGAAUCUGAAUUUUAUGAUUGUUUCUGAAAACGUAAAGAACAAAUAUGAUAGUUACCACGUGCUCACCUUUGACAUCCCCAUACCCAUUUGGAUUAGCUGUGUGCGUGCUGCAAACUGUAAAUAUGUUCAGUAGCGAUAAAACUUUAAAUGUUUUGAGUUGUUGAUAAGUUUCUCAAAUGUGGAGGUGGAUUCAACUGCUAGAGCAGACGCUAGAGGAGACCACACUGAGGCAUAACUCUGAGUUGCAGAGGCUUAUGGCAGGAGGAGCGCUGGACUUGGAGAGGCCUGGGUUGUCUGAGGGGGGGGGGAUAACGCUGGAGACCACCUGGCGCUCGCAACGGCCAGCGGUCCCCUUGGCGGGCUGCAGGGCUUCGCUGCCCUGUGCUGCACAGCAGGGGGUCCCUCUGGAUGCCCGGAAGAGCACGAUGCCAAUGAACAAGCCAUAUCUAUAGAUUUUUUUUCCAGGAGACCUCAGACCUGGUGGACCACGCUCGGGUUCAGUCUGGCUGAGCGUGCCGCUCGAGCAGGGUAGGAACCGGCAAGGAGAUCAUCACCGAGAUGCUGAGGACUGUGCUUCUGAUAAACGAUGUAAAAAAAAAUUAUAAGACCAACUUAAUGUUUAUUUAAAACAAUCUGUGGACAGAAAAUAAAUGAUGAGCUUAGUUUCUGGAACUUAAAAAGAAGGGAAAAAGCUUUUCUUGUUCCGCUUGCCCUCGGCCGUGGCUGCCACAGGAUGCGCGCUCAUCUGUCCUGGAUUUAAGAACUGAGGAUCCUGGCCGGCUUCCACUCCAGACGAGGCAAGAUUUAAACACAAAAAGCCCUGCGAGUGUGUAAAUCCUUUUUUAUUUUUCCGUUAUUUUCCAGCCCAGGUAAGGUGUGCGCAUCUCGAGCUGCCUUUCUCCAAGGGGAUUGAGCUGGUGAUACUUUAGCUAAAGCGAUGAAGGUUUUAGAAAGCUGUACCCUGUGGUAAUCAAACCGGGCUCAGAAACUCGCAAAGAAAGGAGCAAAUCUUGACUUAGCAGCUUUUUUAGAACUGAUCCACCUCCACAUUCAAGUAAUUUAUGAAUACACUGAAUAAGGAAUUUGUUCAUCUAGAACUUUUUUACCAUUUGUCUUCUGUGUAGCUGCAAGGAACACUAAUGUUUAUACAACUGUCAGUCCUACCAGUGAUGCAACUUGUACUGAUUCAGUCUUCCGAGGUUUUGGGGGGGAGGGUUAGUUUGGUUUUUUUUCAGGGGGAAGGGUUGGGGGGAAGGUGAUGAAGACGGGCGGUCAGGGAGAGGAGGGGUUCAGCUUUGUAUCCCAUCGGCAGAAUAUGAUCCGUGUCCAAAAGCAAACAAUACAGAAUAUUGCCAGGAAUGAAGAGAUUUCAGCAGAAACAAGCACAAAUAAAAAAA